AUGGGAUCGAGCCUUCCAUACGCUGCUGAUGCAGAGAGUCCCUUGAAGUCAGCGGAGCUGGAAGUGCUCCGCUCGCAGUAUCUUCAGGAGGGCGAAUAUGUCGGUGUGCAGACCAAAUUUAACUUUGCCUGGGGAUUGAUCAAAUCAAACAAACGGGAAGAUCAGCAAUCCGGUGUCCGACUGCUCUCGGAGAUCUUCCGCAGCUCCCCCGAACGUCGCCGAGAAUGCCUGUAUUAUCUGGCGCUUGGAAACUACAAACUCGGAAACUACGCAGAAGCACGGAGGUACAACGAGCUGCUUCUCGACCUUGAGCCCGCAAAUCUGCAGGCUGCAAGCUUGCGCGGCCUCAUCGAUGACAAAGUUGCGCGAGAAGGAAUGGUGGGAGUUGCGAUCCUUGGAGGUGUUGCAGUUGCCGCAGGUCUUGUUGGAAGCUUGAUUUUCAAGGGCGCCCGGAGACGGUAAAGGCUUGGAUAUCUCGACCGAACGCCUGCUCUCAUCUAUUAUCUCUACCGAAAACCCCCGCAUGGAGCUCGAUGACGUACAAGGGGAUCGCCAGACGUACAUCGAUAGGCAUCCAUUGUGCCAGAGAAUAUCUGCUGACCGGGGCCACGCUAUCAGUUGUGAUGGACACAUGUAAAGUACAAGUCAUGACUCGUUUCUUUCAUCUUAUUAGGCAUCUAUUUGCAGCGGCGUUUGCAUUUCUGUUCUUUGAUAAAGUAGGUACUUGUAGAAAGUAUCAAAUAAUAAUAUAUGGCAGAAGACAGCCGAAAGUCGAAGA